AUGAAUUCAGACUCCAGCCCGAGCAGCAGAGCCUCUUCCCCGGACAUGGACGGCAUGUUUCUCCGAGACCACCACCCGCACCACCACCACCACCACCACCACCACCACGUCGGCUCCUCCGUGUCCUCCUCCACGCAGAGCGGCGAGCAGCAGCGCCAGAAGAUGACCGGCGGCGAGCACCUGCGGUCCGGGGACGCCAAGUCAGGGUCCGUGGGGAGCAGCAGCAGCAGCAGCAGCAGCAGCAGCAGCAGCAACAAGUACAAGCUGAAGAAACAAGUCACCGAGGAGGAAAUGUACCAGCUCCGUCUCAAGAUCAACGGCCGGGAGCGGAAGCGCAUGCACGACCUCAACCUGGCCAUGGACGGCCUGCGCGAGGUGAUGCCCUACGCGCACGGGCCCUCGGUGCGGAAGUUGUCCAAGAUAGCCACGCUGCUUCUGGCCAGGAACUACAUCCUGAUGCUCACCAGCUCCUUGGACGAGAUGAAGCGGCUGGUGGGGGAGAUUUACGGAGGGCAGCACUCGGCCUUCCACUGCGGCACCGUGGCGCACGCCGCCGGCGCGGGCGGACACUCCGGGAGCCAGGCCGCCGCAGCCGCCGCCGCGGCCGCCGCCGCCGCGCAUCAGGUGCAUCCUCUCCUCGGGAGCGCGCUGUCUUCCUCCACGUCCUCCACGCUGUCGAGCGCGCUGCCCGGGCUCGCGUCCAUCCGAACGCCCCACUCCCUGAUGAAGGGCUCCCCGGCUGCGCCCCCGGCCCUGCAGCUGGGCUCCGGCUUCCAGCACUGGGCCGGACUGCCGUGCCCCUGCACCAUCUGCCAGGUGCCUCCGCCUCCGCACAUCCCCAUCACCUCCACCGGCCUCACGAGACUGACAGGGGAGGGCAAAGACGGGAUGAAAUGA